UGCGAGUUCGUCCGAAACAACCCCUAAUUUCCGAAUUCCGAAGCUACAAUUCUAUCGCCAUUGCUUCGCUCGCAAGACCUUUGGAAAUCCCCAAAGCCAAAGGUGCGGAGACCUGAAACUCUGAUCGCAAAGAAUUCUCCUUUUCUCUGCUGCAUCUGUCAGAAUAUCCCAAAUUUCCCGAGCUUCCUCUCCUCGAAUGCGUGAGGCAUGGUUUUCUACCGGACAAAAAUGCAUGGGUUGCAGUAGCAGCCAAGAACCAGAUAGCUGAGCUCUGCUCUUCUGGCGAUUAACAUUUUUUGUACUGAUAAAUGGCUGCUGGUCAACAAAGGAAGCGCUUUGCUAGUUCCAAUUUGCACGAACUAAAGGGAAAGAAGAAAAAGAGGCUCGACUCAUCAGAUUAUAUUUUGAACUUGAGAUCACAUGUACAUUUACAAUGGGAUGAGGUUCAAAAGAGAGUAGUGGCAAAAAGGGAGCAAAUUGGGAUAACAUGGAAAGACUUGUCUCCCUAUGUUGAUUCCGUGCCUAAGAUUCAUUCCGGUUUAGCUGAUGUCUUUUCUUUCCCAAAAGAAGUAUUCGAUUUGGAUAAUCUAAUGGAGGUGCUUUCUCAUGAGGUCUGGUUGACUUGUCUGUCAGUGUCUGAAAGAAAGCUUCUCAUGCAGUUCCUUCCUAGUUGCGCUUUUCCUGAAGAAGCAGUUCAGUCAUUGCUUACUGGGGAAAACCUUCAUUUUGGAAAUCCUUUCCUUAAAUGGUCUACCUUACUUUGCUCCAGUGAUCUACAUCCUGAUGUUCUUCUUCAGAAGGAACGACACACCAGAGUCAGUAAGAAACAAUAUAACUUGGAGAUAAAUAAGUACCAUACUAACAUGGUUGCGGUGCUCAGGAUGUUGAAGGAGAAAUCAGAAACUUGUGAGGAUCCAGAGAAGUUGUGGAGGAAGCUGUCCACUCUGAAUGACAGCAGCGAGGGUUCAGAAAAGCCUCAUGAUUAUUUCAUACAGAAGGAAGAACUGCCACUGAAAAUAUCUAAUCGCUAUGUGGAUGAGGCUAAAUAUAUGUCUUAUAUCAAGGUAAAUAAGAAGCAAUUCAAAAUGCUAAAAGAGCUAAAACAUUCUGGUGAUCACAUUCAGUCCAAAUCCGUUAGCCAUGUGCUUGGUGACAUCAAAAACUUUCAUGUAUAUCCAUAUAAAUUGUAUGAGGAUGAGGAAAAUAAUAGGCUUCGAGAACAUUGGAUGCAGGUGGCUAAAGAUACCCAUGCAGCUUUUGAAAAGUACAAUAAGAGGAAGUUCCUGAAAAUGCACCGGAUGGAAUGUUUGGAGAAAGAACUUGCUGAAUCAAGAGCAUUGCUUCAUGAAAAGGCUGAGGAAUCAGUUCUGGGGAACUCACCUGGUCAUUCCAUUGUUUCAACUGAUGAAGAAGAUUCUCGUUCCCGUUCUGUCUCUGCUCAUGAUCAUACGUUGGAGCGAAUACCUUCUCUCAACAGUGUUCGAGAGCUCAACCCUUCCAUUUCGGAUCAAGAAACAAGAAAUGAAAAUACACUGAAACCUGCAAAAAAUACACUUUCUCCCUCACAAUCUGUUGAUAAAAUGGAUUCCAGUCAGAUGGUCGAGGAACUAAAAGCUCUCAUCUCACCAUUGAAGAGCACCUGGAUUUCUACUAAUUGUGAGGAUUCAAACUAUCAGAAACCUUCACAAACCCAUUUGUUUGCAUCUUCUGAUGUACCGCUCAACCAAUGCCAACAUUUUCAAGUUCAAGCAACACCGAUAAUCAAUUUGGAAAGAGAAAGCAUGGAGCAGGUUGCUGGGCGGCUUCUUCCCUCAUCUUUUAGUGUCGAAACUACUUCACAAUUGUUCGGUUCUUAUAUCCAAAGCCAUGAUGAGGUGAUUCCAACUUUUCCAAUGGCAUCAGAUAUACUUUCAUCACACAUGAAUGAUUUGAGCCAACCCGGACUACAGUUAUUGAUGAAUGAUGGAAACUUGCGAGAAAUCGAUCGGUUCCCUCUUCUUGAGGAUAACCACGAACCCAUCAAUGAAAGACAUUCUUGUGAGAAAGAACUUUACCUGCAAAACAUGAUUGACAAGAACUUCUGCAACAAGAUCAGGUAUGAAAAUCAGCUAGGAUACUAUCCAUCAUCGAGUUCAAGGUGUACUUUGCAAUCCUGUGUCACUGAUAGAUUAGGGAGGCAAAAUUUGUUUCCUAAUGAACAUCAGCCACAUAAUGUUUGGUCUGGAAUUGAUUCUUCUGGAAAUGGAGUUCAAAGUGGCAGUGGUGAUGGGAGUCUCUACAGUGUCUUGCCUGAAUUCAGAAAUUUGCCUUUCCGAUUGUCUUUCGACGCCGCUGGUUCGGACCAACUGUUGCGGCCUCCAAACUAUAUUGGUAUGAGCAUGGCUGAACCAUUCAUCCCAACUCAAGUGAGUAGCUCUACAGGUCUUACCUCUGCUCCAAUUCCUUCAGUAGACUUGAUGCGUAUUAAUUACACCCAUCAGAACCCCCCAACUCUUCAAGAAUCUGCCAUGAAGCCAUUUAUGAGGCAUUGGCACCAAUAGCAAAAUCUCAUUUUAGGCUGGAACUCAUCUCUUCACAGGCAAUGCUUAAGGGGGAGUCUGAUGAUUGACAAGCCCUUGGAAGCAAAGCUUAUGAAUGUGCAUAAAUUUAUGAACAAGUGUAUUUAUACAAAUUUUAUUUAUUUUUCCUCUUGAAAGGAUAUUUUGUUAGUGAAAGUUUUUCUUUCUUUUUA